GGGGGAAGGAGGGCUUCGGUCCGUGCCGGCCUCCACGCGGGAACCUCGUCCCUAGUGCUUGCCGCGCGAAGCGUAACUCCGGAAUCCGCUUCAAAACAGCUCCCACCCCCUCGUGUCUCAGAGUAGCAGUACGAGGCUGAGCUCUGAGCGAAGCGAGUGGGCCACGGAGGCAGAGAGCCCUCCGCGGGGCCUCCUAGAAAGCGCUUCCAUCCACGCACCUCAGGGCCUACUGGCGUCGCGGGAUCUCCCAGGCGGCCGGAGGAAGGCGUGUCCCCUGCCGCACUGAGGCUGCGUGAACUCCCGGGUCCCGGGCGGGGCGUCCUUCACGCACGCCGCGUCGCCGUGGAGACGGGGGCGGGGCCGGCGCGAGACUUGCGUCCUGAGGCGCGGGAAGCGAGGAGGCGGGCGAGGGCCGCGCGGGCCUGAGGAGACCGACCCGUGUCCGCCGGGAUUUCUCCGAGGCGCGAGGCGGCAGAGCUCGGCUUCUCCCGCCGGAGCCCAGCGGUGAGCGCUCGGUCCCUGCAAGCCCGGCCGGGUGACUGCCCUGUGGAAGCUUCCGCUUCCUCCUCCUCUGGGAGUGCAGUUAGAAGGGCAAGAUGAAAGAAUUUUUGAUACAUGAAGAAUCUGUUCACUGAGAAGUGUGUAUCAAGCCACUGCUUGAAUUUUCAUCAAAAAGGGAUUAAGCGGAAAAUGGAGAGGAAGGCUGACUCCAGGUCUUUUAGGGAUGGUGCAGUUAAGAAACCUUAUUCUCCAAAGAUACUGUCCAAAAAGAAGUCUCCUGCCUUUUCUGGGAUCCGGAGUGAGAUAUCUAGGGCCAGUCACCCUGUACAGUAUCCCCCCUCACAUGCCAGGACCCGCAGGGGCCGGCUAAGAGAACUGCGCAUCAGAUGCGUGGCCAGAAAGUUCUUGUAUUUGUGGAUUCGAAUGACUUUUGGAAGAGUUUUUCCCUCUAAAGCCAGGCUUUACUAUGAGCAGAGAAUUCUGCGGAAGGUCUUUGAAGAAUGGAAAGAAGAGUGGUGGGUUUCCCAUCGAGAGUGGAAACUCCGUGUUCGAGCCGACUGUCACUAUAGAUAUUACUUGUACAACCUGAUGUUCCGGACCUGGAAGACCUACGUGCAUCAGCAGCGGGAGAUGAGGGACAAGUACCUGAGAGCCGAGGAUCAUGAUGCAAAGCAAAAGAUGCGACAGGCUUGGAAGUCCUGGCUGAUCUACGUGGUUUUUCGUAGGACCAAACUUCAGAUGCAGAGCACCGCCCUGGAGUUGAGGCAGCGGAAUAUUUUGUGGGUGUGGUGGAGCGCGUGGAGACGGCGACUGGGACAGGUCCGCCUGGGCCGUGCCCUCCAUGCCUUGGCCGUGAGGCACAGGGCCCAGAGCCUCCAGCUGCAGGCUUGGACACGGUGGCAGGAGCAGCUCCUGCGUGUGUGCAGGGAGAGGCAGGAGGUGGUCUCCGCAGUGAAACACCAUCAGCACUGGCAGCAGUGCAGAGCCCUGAGGGCCUGGCUUGGAUACCUGCAGAUGCGCAGAGAGAAGAGGCAGCGGAAAGAGAUGGCCCAGCGAUUCCACCACGUCACUGUGCUCCAGACACACUUCUGUGAUUGGCGGUGGGCCUGGGAGCGGAGGGAGUGCUUGUGUGCCCACCACGUGCGGGUGGAGGAGCUGGCAAGGAGGAUGGUGCUGCGGAGGGCCUUUACUCACUGGAAACACUACGUGCUGCUGUGCGCAGAAGCAGCUGCGCAGUGGAAGGUGGCGGAAGAGCACCGCAGGCGCAGCAUGCUGCAUUUUUGCUUUAGAGCCCUAAAGGACAACGUGACCCGUGCCCAUCUCCAACGAAUAAGAAGGAAUCUUGCUCACCAGCAGCAUGAUGUCAUGCUGCUGCACAGGUUCUGGAACCUCUGGCAGUCUCGGGUUGAGCAGAGGGAGGAAAGUGGGCGGCUCCCCUUCCUGCGUGCUGCCUGGGACCACUACAGAAUAACAUUGCUACGCGAGUAUUUCAGAUUCUGGUUACGGUCUACUCAGAAGAGACGAUCCCAGCAGCUGUUACAGGCCAGAGCAGACAGUCACUUCCAACAGAGAGCCCUCCCUGCAGCCUUCCAGGCAUGGAGAAGACUCUGGUGGUGUCGCCAGCAGGAGAGAGUCCUUGAGGCCAGAGCAGCGCGGUUUCACAGGGAGAUGUUACAGAAGCACGUGUUUGCGGUUUGGUGUCAGAAGAUGUCUCAGCAACAAGAACACUGCUUGGCAGAGAGAAUGGCCAUCCUCCAUGCAGAGCGGCAGCUUCUGCGGAGGUCCUGGGCCACGUGGUGCCAGCAAGCAGCAGCGUGUCGCCUGGAGUGGCAGCGGCAGGCCGUGGCCUGUGCCCACCACCACCUCGGGCGGCUCAGGAAGGCCUUCUGUGUCUGGAGGGAGAAGGCCCGAGGGCUCAGAACAGAGAGGACGGGCAGGGCGCGGGCUGCACGGUUCCACGCGGCACGGCUCCUGCGUUGGGCCUGGACCAGGUGGAGGGAGCGCCUGGCCCUGCGCGGUGCCGAGCGGCAGAAGGUGAUGCGAGCUGACCUGCAUCUCCAACACACCUUGCUGCACAGGGCGCUGCAGACCUGGGGGGUUCAUCAGAGCCGGGUGCGGCGCGUCCUGCAGGAGGCGGCAGCCAGGGAGAGCUGGCACCAGAGGCAGCUGCUGCGGGGUGUGGUACGUCGCUGGAGAGAGAACGCCGUGGCCCACGCAGAUGAAGCAAAGAAGGCCUCUCGAGCAGCAGCUCACUACAGAAGGACCCUGUGCUCCUCGGUCCUGAUUGCUUGGCGGGAGGCGGCAUCAGUGCAGCUGUACUACCGACAGCAGGAGGACGGGGCCAUCAGGGAGGCGCAGAUGGUGCUGAAGAGGGGCUGUCUCAGGACCUGGUUUUGGCGCUGGAGGGACCGCAGCCGCAGCACUGCCCAGCAGAGGGUCCAGAUGCAGAGGGUGGCACAGCAUUACCACCGGCAGCUGCUGCUGCAGGCCGUGGCCCGCUGGAAGGCGCACCACCUGGGCUGCGUCAGGAAGAGGCUCCUGCAGAGACAGGCUGCCCGACUCCUGGCCCAGACACUUAGCCGGACCUGCUUCCAGCAGUGGAGACAGCAGCUGGCGGACAGGAGGCGGGAGCGGCAGGGCACGGCACGGGCCCUGUGGUUCUGGGCCUUCUCACUACAGGCAAAGGCAUGGGCCGCCUGGCUGGGCUUUGUGCUGGAGACAAGGAGAAAGAAGGCGCGGCAGGAGCGGGCGGUGCAGGCCUACCACCAGCAGCUCCUCCAGGAGGGCGUCACGCGCCUCCUGCGCUUCGCGGCGGGCAUGAAGGCCUUCCGGCAGCAGCUGCACGCCCGGCAGCAGGUGCAGGUGGGCCAGGGCCUCCCACCCUCCGUGGGGAGCGGGCGGGCACAGCAUGACCUGACCAGAGGCCGGUUGCAGGCGGCCCACAGUCUCCACCGUGUGGUCCGGCGCUGCGCCACGCUCUGGAAAGAGAAGGCACUGGGCCCUGGCAGGGAGCCUCCGCCCCCCACGUCCGCUGUGUCCAGCAGGAGAGUGACGUUUGAGGGUCCCCUUCCCAGCCGAGUCGCUGCUGGGGCUGGUGAUGCCUCCCUGGAGACCAGGAGGCCACCAGCUCCUCGUGGGCUUCGGGGUGCUCUGGACAGCCUGGCGUCGGCCGCCGGGGACCCCCACAUCCUGGAGCUUAGCGCUGCCUGCUGGGCAAGGAAGCAGCCGCGACGCCCAAGCUUCCUGCUGGAACCCCUGCAGAGCCAGACGCCCCUGGGGUGUGGCACCCUGGGGGGGCAGGGGCCUGAGGCACUGUGGGAGCCUGGGCCAGGCGAGGUCCUGCCAGUAGGCCCUGCCCUGAUGACACCCUUCCUGGCAAAGGCCCGGACAGCACUGGACCCAAGCAGCCCACUGCCAAGCGCUGCUGGCCUGAAGCCGCCACCCACAGGCCCAGAGCUGCUGCCCCCUUCCUCCUUCAGGCCGCAUGGGCCAGAAGCAGCUGCCCGGGCGUCAGCCCAGCCAAUGACCCCUGGACUUUCAUCCCAGGUCCCUUCAUCCCUGGCCAGUGUCCCCAAACCCUGUCUGCUCCUUCCUGGGGACUUCACAGGCAGCAGGCCUGGGCCUGGCUCUGACACUGCAGGUGUGUACCUGGGGCCUAUCAGUGCCUCGAGUGCACGAGUCACUCCUGGCACGUGGGACCCCUGGGUUCAGCCUGGGCCUGGACAGGAUGGUCAAGAUCAAGCUUAUUCUCCUGUCGCCACUGACCACACCGACCUGGAAGCCGAGCUUGAGGGCAUCCAGCAGCAACUGCAGGACUACCAGACCACGAAGCAGAACCUCAGGUCCUGCCAGCGGCAAGCAAGCAGCCUGCGGCGGUGGCUGGAGCUGAGCCAGGAGGAGCCCAGGCGGGAGGACCAGGAAGCAGAGCGGCAGGUUCAGGAAGAGCUGCAGGAGGUGGAAGCACAGAUCCAGCAGCUGGCCUCCAAGCUGCAGGCCCGGCGCCAGCCCAUCCGCGCCUGCAUCGCCCGCAUCCAGGCCCUGCGGCAGGCUCUGUGCUAGUCACCACCCCAUGUCCAGGAACAGGAUGCAAAGCUGCAAUGAGUUUUUUUUUUUUUUAAUUUCAAAACGUUGCAAUUAAAUGAAUCACUGUUCAGAAGUCUCCCACUUUUCAUACAAAAAUACUGUGCUACUGAUACAGUUGAAAAAGUUCAAAUGGCUUCUCCUGCAGGAGAAAUUCACAGCAUCCCCAGGAAACAUGAAACCUGGCCCUGUCCCCACCAUCAGUGGCUCCCCAAGGCCUGCGUACCUGUUACCUGGGGACAGGUUUUCUAGGCACUGACAUUUCCCCCCUCCCCCACACAUCAAAUAUACCACCAAGGUUCCUCCGCCUCCAACAUAAGCCCCUGAUCAAUAGCAGCAACUUUUCUGUACUUUAUGUAGGUCUGGAUAUGGGGAGGGGACCCAAGCUCUCCCUUGGCCCCAGCAGCUGCCUGCCCUGUCUGCUUUGGACACCACUGAGGGGGGGUUAUAAUGGGGUCUGCCUACUGGAAAGAGGACCUACCAGCUCCAGAAGGUCACUCAUCAGGGCCUGCAAAGCACCAAGCCAUUACUGGCCACCCUUGGAAGUCACUGGCAGAGUCGGGGGUAACGCGUUCAGCCACAAGUGCAAAAAGAAGCCAGCUUUUCCCAACAAGCAGGGUGGGGCGAAUUUGGGAACAGAGAGCAGUUGCAUUGAAGGCCCUGGUCUGGGGCCCACAGUCAGUGCCAGGAGGCACCUCACCCCGUGCAAGGAGGCCACAAAGCAGUGACAGGAGGAGCAGCGAGAAGGUACCUUAACUACCACUUACCAUCUUAGAACGGAAAUCAGACCAACUGAACGCUCGGCCAGGAGGUGCAGGGUCUCCAGUUUAUACAACACAUUAAAAAAUCUCCAAGAGGGAA